GCUUUAAUUGCUAAUAGUUUAGCAGAUCUGAAAAGACUACCAGUUUCAAAAACCAAUGAUGAGUCUAUAGUUAACAAUUAUAUAUACAACAAAAACAUUACUCUGUCAAAUGAAAGCAUUUGA